GGAUACAAGCGCGAGAUAAUUUGCAGCAUGCGUCUCUGAAACGUUGGAAUGUGACAUGCAUAAAAGAUAAACCUAUAAGCAAAUAAGAUCAAAGACUUAAUCCACGCUGUUAAAAAAAUAGCUUGCACGUUCCGUAAACUAGAUUUUACAUAUAGGCUUUCACGCGGAUAUGCAAAUCCUACCUGGGUAAACAAACAACAGGAAGUUUAUCUUCUCAUCUGGCAGAAAUAUCAUAGCGCGCGUCCCACUGAAAAUAAAAACGUAGCAUUUUUUACGCAAUUCUGUAAAUCCUACGUUGAUUUUUAAAUACUGGCAUAACCUGCAUGCCAAUAAUGAAGAUAUCAGCGGCGAUGUCAGCAAUGCCCCCAAAGACAUUAGACAGGCUGCUUAAUUCGCUAAAGUUAAAUAAACUUUUUUUGUAAACAGACGUUUGCUAUCAUUGAAAUAGCUGACAGAACUACGAAUGACUGUCGAACACGACGCCACUGAUACUCCGCGCUGGUAGAGUCUAAAUGCAACUUGACACCGAGCUCUUUCGGAGGAGAGAGAGAAAGUUUUGACAGUGACAUUGUUGGCGGAUCUGCUGAGGACACACGGAGAGUUCACUACUUGAGUCAGUAUGAAUGGUCCCUUCAGUCCCAAGCGGAAGCCAGGACCUGACCUCUCCUGUCUGCACCAGUACAACGAGUGGCUGGCGUGCAGGCAUGAGUCCAGCCUGCUGCCCAUGAAAGAAGAUCUGGCCAUCUGGCUUAACGGAAUCUUAGGUUUGGAUAUAACAGCAGAUAACUUCAUGGACAGACUAGACACUGGUGUCAUCCUGUGUCAGCUUGCAGAGGCACUGCAGGAGAAAAUGAUUCUGGCCAGCAAUGGAAAGCCCUUUAUUCGGCGUGUGAUUCGUUGGCGUCCUGAUGCAGCCUCUGGGUCGUUCUUUGCUCGAGACAACACAGCUAACUUUCUGUACUGGUGCCGUAAAAUUGGAGUGGAGCAGUCACACCUGUUUGAAUCUGAAGAUCUUGUCCUUCAGAAGCAUCCCAGGGAUGUGUGCUUGUGUCUCAUGCAACUUGCGAGAAUUGCUUCGAGGUAUGGCAUCGAGCCGCCUGCGCUGAUCAAGCUCGAGAGAGAGAUCGAGAAACAGGAAGCUGAGUCUUUGUCGCCACCCGUGUUCUUCUCCUCACCUCUGCCGUCUCCCUCCACGCCGCCUAUUUUUUUCCCUCCUGAUCCGGAGCCCUCUCCGGUGUCAGACCCUUCAUCCAUCUCUCCUCCGGACCCCUCUCCCUCUCCCCCUCUGGCUCCCACCCCUCCCCCAGAGUCCACGUCCAUCUUCUCCGACUCAAACACCCAGACAGAACCUCAGCUAACUUCACCAACUACACCGUCACCAAUCAGGACACCCGUCAGAUCACCGUCAAACGGCCUUGUGAAGACUAGUGGGAAAAAAAGCAGCGGUAACCUGCUAGAUGAGAUUGUGAGGCAGAUAUCAGAGGAUCCACCAUGCAAAUGUCCAGUCAAAUUCUGCAUUGAGAAGCAGCCAAAAGGCCAUUAUCGUGUUGGAGACAAAGUUCUCUAUGUCAGGAUGCUGAAUGAUAAACAUGCUAUGGUUCGUGUUGGCGGUGGAUGGGAGACCUUUGGUACUUACUUGUCAAAGCAUGACCCCUGUAAGAUGACUGAGAUUGCUCGGCCUGGAAGCAAAUCCUGCAAGCCUAACGGCAGGUCCCCUGUCAAGAGAGAACUGUCCCGGGACAGUUAUCUGGUCGUGGGUACUCAUUCCCGCUUUAAGAAGUGACACAAUGCUUCUUCUGUUUAAAUCAACAGCACGCUUUUUUUUUUUCAAGGAGGGAAGCAGCCCGGGUGGCUUGAUAGUUGUAUUAUUAUUAUUUUUUUUUUGUAAGGUAAUUCAUCAAUCAGUCAGUGGUCUCCAACCUUUGGGUAGUGACUCAGAAAUAUAAAAAAUAAGAAACUAAAAAAAAAAAAAAAAAAAAAAAAAAGUUGGUAAAUGGAGUAAACAAAAAAAACUAUGCAAGUUGAAAGAAAAUUGCUAACAUAUUCAUAGAAUUGCUUAAAUAAUCGUCCCAAGGCAUGUUAUUGGUGCAUACUGAUGAAUCUAUACAGUACAUAAUUAUAUUAAUGCAUUUCUACGUUUAUUUUUAAAGAGCAUUCUCUUUACUUUUGUAUGAUAUAAAAUUUUGAUAAUGUGCUGGGUCACUAUUUGAUGUAAAAUCUCGCCUGAUGCAAAAGAAUUUUGACCCAUAUUUUUUAUAUAGGGUAUCUUAUACUGUAUCUCCUGGGUUUUGUUUACAGAUAUAUAUUUUCAUCUCCCUGUGUAUUUUAUCUUAUGUUAUAUUUUAAAAACAUAAAGGGUAGGAUCUCUGUUGAAUCAUUUACUGGGAAGCCAACAUUGAUUUACUUUCUUUGUAUUCUGUUGUAAUCUUUAAUUCUGAUUAAUGGGUUUUGUAUGCUGAUUGUUUCACUUUACAAAGAUGUUUUUGUAGUGCAUUCUGAAUGAGGCUUUAACGUGAAUAUGUUCCACAAAGAUCCUCUAGAUGGUGUCCCAUUUCAAAUUAUUAACUGUAUGUCAGUACUACAUGUAGCAUUACAGCAACAUUGCCUUUCUAUGUGAACGUAUAGCUAUGCAGUACAGAAAGUGUAUUAAACAUGACCAACCCGCAUCAUAUGUUUCCGUUCAUGUACUCAAGAUAAUUAUUACGGUCAUUUUUUACACCAAGCAUACACAGUUUUUAGUUCAUUUAGCAAUCAUGUCAAACUGAAGCCCAGGUGGGCUAUGAUAAAAAAAAAAAAAAAAAACCCUGAAUAAAAUAUAAAUGAAAAGCACCUCGUGAUGAAAUGCUACUAACAUUUUAUUUCAUAAAAUAAAAGUCAUUUAAAAAAAUUUACACAGUCUAAAUACACUGAAAUGAAUCAAUAUGACAGCAUGCGAGACAAUGAUACUUGUUUUGUCCAGUUGUAAUUAUGAAAUGAACCGGUAAAAACAGUUCAUACCCAAAAAUAAAUAAAAAAAGUGAUGCUACUUCAGCUGCCAAAGAAAACGGCAGCUUUUGUACAAAUGUCUCUCAUAUCUCCCCGUAAGUGACAAAACACCUGAAGCUGCUUUUAUUCUUUUCACUUGAAAAGCUUGUGCUCUUUUUUUAAAUCCUGUCCAAAAUAUUCACAUUUUCAGACGUUUAACACAAAUCCUUUCUCAAGUGGUGUUUAUUACUUUUUGCCACUAUAUUUUCAGUCAAUACCUGCCCUGCAGUUCAUCGCACUCAAUACAACACUCUCCUAUCUACCUAAAGGGAUUUGUUCUUUUGGCUUCUGUUCACUUUAUGUCUGUGACAUAAAUGUUUGUGCCAAUCAGCUGUAAGCUUUACCAUAAAAUGACUGGACUCCACAGUUUCCCUCUAAUGACAAUUUACAAACCCCUUCCUCUCUCCCACACCGUGGACGCAUUUUGAGCGUAUUUGCCGUCUUUAAAGUCUUACGUGACCUAUUGCGUUUCGUCUCGCCGUGAAUAUCAACAUUAGUGCGUUGUGCUCAAGAGUUGAUCUGGGUUCUGUGGAGGUCUAUGAGACUAUGAACGUACGUUUGGCAAAGACAUGUGAGGCGUUGGUAAAUGAUUUACGGCAACUGUGCUUUUCACAGUAGCAUCCUCAAUAAAUAAUAUCCAUUGGUGAGAGAAGAAUCAAUAUGAAUUAUUCAUGAUAAUGUGGAAACACUCACUUAAAAAAAGAUAUUACUAGGUUAUUACUAGAAUAAAACCUCCGGGCCUGUUGGGGUUUUUAAAAUAUUGUUUCGGUUGGAGUCAUCUAAGUACAAACAUUAAAUGAUGUAAACAUUAUAGCUUGUUGCGUGUCAUGUACUGUACUGUAUAUCAAACACUCUUAUCUGCAAUUCAGCAUCUUCGUCAAAGUUCUGUACAAUUUCUGUAUCUUCACAUUUUGCGGCUAAACAACACUGAAUUUCCUUCAAAAUCUCGCAACGUGUCGCCCCGAGCUGUAACUGUGCCGUAUCUUUAACUAUUCGACAACAUUCAGUUGUGGUUGGAAGGUGCUGUGUUCAUAUAUAACUCUGAUUCUGGUCAUGUUGUGCUCAUAACAGCAAUAAGGCUUCAUGAGACAAACAUUUUCAUCACGUUGGUAAUUCACAUGCCAGAAAUAACGUCAAAUUCGGUCGGAUUCCACCAAACCAGCUAGCCAUGUCGCCGAUCGCUACAAUCAUAACAAAGAGUGAAAAGGCUCCAUUUGCAUCCCAAGCAUAAUUUCAUACAAACAGACCUGAAAUCUAGACAAAACAAAGUUUUUUUUUUUUUUUUUU